CCUCGCUCCGAUUCGCCGGAAAACGGCAUUCCAUCGUCAUCUCCACCUGACAUCAAAAUGGCAGUCACCGUUGCAGUGCCGGAAGACCCAGUCCAACAAGACAACGAUGCUGAACCGUUGCUUUAUUCUACAAAUCGAAAUGAGGAUCUCCUGACAACCACUAGCAAUGAAGAUUCUAGUUCAUCUGAUAAGAGUGGUUCUCACAAGGACAAAAAUUCUAUUAGCUCAGGCAGAUGCUUCGGGGUGGAACUAACCCCAGAUAACAUUGCAGUUGCUAUGGUAUAUUUUGUUCAAGGUGUCUUAGGCCUUUCAGAUCUUGCUGUUAGCUAUUAUUUGAAAGAUGACCUACACCUAGACCCUGCAGAGACAGCUGUGAUAUCUGGUUUCUCAUCAUUGCCAUGGCUUAUAAAGCCGUUAUAUGGAUUCAUCAGUGAUUCCUUCCCACUCUUUGGAUACCGGAGAAGGUCAUAUUUGGUACUAUCUGGACUUCUUGGAGCACUCUCAUGGUUUUUGAUGGCCACCUUUGUAGACAGCAAGUAUGGUGCUGCUUUCUGCAUACUUAUUGGUUCUCUUUCUGUUGCUUUCUCAGAUGUUGUUGUAGAUUCCAUGGUCGUUGAGAGGGCACGUGGUGAGUCCCAAAGCAUGUCAGGAUCUCUUCAGUCACUUUGCUGGGGUUCUUCAGCAUGUGGUGGAAUUGUCAGUUCUUACUUUAGUGGAUCCCUUGUGCAAGUUUAUGGUGUGAGGUCUGUUUUUGGUGCAACAGCAUUACUUCCACUGAUAACAUCUGCAGUAUCUUUACUUGUGAAAGAGGAGCCUGUACAUGGCACAGCAAGGAGUCUCUCUUUAGGAAAUGACUUCUUUGAGAGUUCAAAAAAUAGCAUUAUCCAGUUAUGGGGAGCUGUUAAGCAGCCUAAUGUUUUUCUUCCCACACUAUUUAUUUUCCUAUUUCAGGCAACACCGCAGUCAGGUUCUGCUACAUUUUUCUUCAUAACCAACAAACUUGGUUUCACUCCAGAAUUCUUAGGCCGCCUUAAGCUUGUUACUUCCGUUGCAUCACUUAUUGGUGUUGCGCUUUACAAUGGUUUCUUAAAGAAAGUUCCUUUAAGGAAAAUAUUCCUUGUGACAACUAUUAUUGGUUCAGUUCUUGGGAUGACACAGGUUCUGCUGGUAACCGGAUUAAACCGGAAGUUUGGCAUUAGUGAUGAGUGGUUUUCAAUUGGGGAUUCCUUGAUUCUAUCUGUUCUUGGUCAGGCUUUCUUUAUGCCUGUUCUUGUAUUAGCUGCAAGAAUAUGUCCACUGGGAAUGGAGGCUACUUUCUUUGCAACCCUUAUGUCCAUAGCCAAUGGGGGAGGUACCCUUGGGGGUCUACUUGGUGCAGGUCUAACUCACAUCCUUGGUGUCACCAAGGACAAAUUUGAUAACUUGGCUCUCCUAAUAAUUAUCUGCAAUCUCAGCUCCCUACUGCCUUUACCCCUACUUGUCCUUCUUCCUCGAGAUGAACCUGAUUCAGAUGAGAAUACUGAUAUCGAGAUGACACCUUAUUAAAUUCCUGCGCCUUCUCUGCAUAUAACAUGAUGACAUGAAAUUACUAAUGUGGCCUCAGAUUUAACUGCAGCUUUUCAAGAUACCAGUGGGAGAGGUUUUUUACUCAGUAGGUGAGAACUCACUCAUGUAAUUACUCACGAUCUCAAGACAUCACGACACAAAAAUGUAGAGAUUAGUAAGAUUUACUAGUACUAGUUUUUAAGCU